UCUCAAAGAAGAAAGAGACACACAUACACGUGUGUUGACACAGUUCACUGUAGCCUUACAGCUUUAGCUGGGCGUUUGUGCCGGCUGUAGUAAUCCUAACAGACAUGUCUUCAUUCCGAAAAGCGCUUAAAUCCAAACAGCGGGAUCACAAAGAGCGAUCUCAGCCUGGUUUCAGGAAACAUUUAGGACUCCUAGAGAAGAAGAAGGACUACAAACUCCGUGCAGAUGACUACCAUCGAAAACAGAAAACCCUUAAUGCCUUGCGCAAGAAGGCUCUUGACAAGAACCCGGAUGAAUUCUACUACAAAAUGAUAAACACUCAAUUAAAGGAUGGAAAACAUGUGAUUAAACAGAAGGAGGAAGAGAUGACAGAGGAACAGAAGAAAAUCAUGAGAACGCAGGACAUCGGGUAUGUGGAAAUGAAGAGGGUGGCUGAAUCUAAGAAAAUCGAAAGAUUAAAAUCUGAACUGCAUCUUCUGGAUGUUGAGGGUAAACCAAAAAACUCGCAUGUCUUUUUUGUGGACACCAAAAAAGAAGUGAAGGGUUUUAACUUGGCCACACACCUAAACACCGUGCCGGAGCUUAUAAACAGAGCCUAUAACAGACCUACGCUGGACACACUGAUGAACAAGAGCAUUCUGGGAGCUGUGAAACAAAAGAAUCUAAAAAAACUGGCCAAACAGCGCAAGGUUCGCUAUGAUGAACUGUCCCAACGUAUUGACCGAGAGAAAAAAAUGUUCGUCAUCAGUCAGAAGAUCCAGACUCGCAAAGACCUUCAGGACAAGAACAAGAAAGUAAAAGUGAAGAAAGAGACAUCCACCACUCCUGCUAUCUAUAAAUUUGAGACCAAAAGGAAGAGAUAACCAGAUCGAUUAAGGAAGUGACAUGACCGCUAGCUGGGGAAUUAUUUUGGUUUAUUUUCUGCCCACUCCCAACACACACACGCAGGAAACUGGUUUUAAUUUUCCUUUUUUUGAAAGCCUGCUGUUUUGUAAUGUUUGUAUAUAUCUAUACUAAUAGACUUAUGGUUGUGGUUUGUACUGAAAUAAAACCUUCUGUAAUAACA